CUCGGGUAGAUAAGGUUUUUCAGCAAUUUUUUAUAAAUAACAACGAAGCAGAAUCAAGAUCUCAAUAAUGUUUUUAGCAUACGAAGAUGGUGAAAAAGUCCGCUCUAAUGAUUGAACGGAUAUACCCGCCGCUGUUUUUAUUAUUUUUUUGCUUUUGUUUGGAUUUUUCGAGCGGCUAUCUGCUGCUAGUCGACAACACACAACAACCAGGCGAUGUGAUUUUUAACGCAUCGGUAUGGCGACUUGGAUCGGACAGAUUCUACAAAAUCAACACCAAAAGAUCGGCGCCGUUUGUGGAGUCACUCCUGAAAGUGGAUCCUAGAAAUGGUCAAAUAUCGCUCAUAGAAGGCCUGCAAUGUGACGGUUUAUACUACCCAAAUUUAUUUACCGUACACAUAGACUCAACAUCGAACCGCUUACGAGAUAUCGACUAUUACAGUCUUCCACUGCGAAUAUUUAUCAUCGGAAAAGAUUGCACAGAUCAUAGCGAGGAAGACUAUGAAUACCUCGAUGAGUUCAGUAGGGAGAAACGUAGCAUAAGACCUAAAAGAAACGCUCUAGAUUCCGUAUUUAGCCAUGUACACCGCAGUGUGAAGGAUAAAAUAACGGAGGCUAAGCAAUGGGUAUCAGAAACGUAUGCUUCUUUUGCUAUACCAACCGUCGGAAAGUGGCGGAAAAUAUGUUUGAGGGAGUCUCAAUUUGUUAACUCUAUAAAAGCGUUUUUACCCAACACCAUAAGCACGUAUUGUAAGGUUAAAUUUCACUAUGUAAGUGAUGAUAGGUUUGUGAUCGAGCAUAGCCAAGGCGAUUUAGUAGCGAGUAAAGAUGUCUGUAUUGUGGAACCACUUUGGAAGGUUUCAAUCUUAUUCACAACCCACUGUGAGGAUGUCAGAGUCAUGAAUUCAGAACAUCGUUUAAAAAUUGUAUACCACCACCAAGAAUUUAAUGAUACCGAUAUCGCAAAAAGGGUUCGCAGAGAAUUACGAAACCAGUCACCAUUCUUCGAGCAACAUUUAUAUGUAGCCAGCGUUUUGGAAGAAUGCGAUCCAGGGGUUAUAGUGACUACAGUAAAAGCCAGAGAUCCUGAGAAUAGCCCCAUUACGUAUUCCAUGUCGAGUUUAUUGGACUCAAGAACACAGUCCAUGUUCGAUAUAGACCCAAAGACAGGAGUCGUCGUGACAAAAGUAAAACUUGAUAGAGAGUUAGUAGAUGUACAUUACUUUAGAGUAACCGCUCUGGACGAUUCUUUCCCACCUCGAUCAGGUACAACAAUGCUUCAAAUCAAUGUUCUAGACGCCAAUGACCAUACUCCAGUCUUUGAAAUGACGGAAUAUGACGCUAGCGUGCGAGAAAGCGUAAGCGUUGGAACCACAGUCAUCACCCUCAAAGCUACAGACCAAGAUGUGGGAAAAAACGCUGAAGUCGAGUAUUCAAUCAAAAGCAUAAGUGGUGGAGGUAUUUCAAGUGAUGAAGAAGACAGUCAUGCCUUCAAAAUUGACUCUAAAACCGGCGUCAUAACAACAAGAACAACUCUGGAUAGAGAGAACACCGAAGUUUAUACUUUAAUUGUGGGUGCCAGUGAUUUAGCCAGUCCUCAGACAGCGAGAAAGUCGUCUACAGCCAGCGUUGUGAUACAUAUUCUCGAUGAUAACGAUAACUAUCCGCAGUUUUCUGAAAGAACGUAUACUGUGGCUCUGAAUGAGGAUGUGAGUUGGACCAAUAAUCCUGUUGUUGCACAUAUCAAAGCCACAGACGCUGACCAAGGCACGAAUGCAGCAAUACGUUAUGCUUUAAUAAGCGGAAAUACGCAAUCACAAUUUGCUAUAGACAGCUUAACAGGGGAUGUUUCUUUAGUUAAACCACUGGACUACGAGACUCUACGUAACUACCGCUUAGUAAUAAGAGCGCAAGAUGGCGGCAGCCCAGCCAGAUCAAACACCACACAGCUACUAGUAAAUGUGAAAGACGUAAAUGAUAACGCGCCAAGGUUUUACACGUCUCUUUUUCAAGAGAGCGUUUUGGAAAAUGUACCGGCAGGUUACAGCAUUGUUAAGGUACAAGCUUAUGAUGCCGAUGAAGGCCCCAAUGCGGAAAUUAAGUACACUAUAGCGCCACGAGAUGCAACAGGGGGAAGUACCGAAGAUUUGCCUUUGAGUGUGGACUCGCAUACAGGGUGGAUUGUCACCACCAAAGAGUUGGAUAGGGAGGAUCAAUCCAAGUUCAUGUUUCAAGUCAUCGCAACAGACCAAGGCGUACCACCACAAUCAGCCAGUGCAAGCGUCAUCAUAACAGUGCAAGACGUAAACGAUAACGAUCCUCUUUUUGAACCAAAAAUCUACGAAUCGGUAGUGGCAGAAGAUGACCCUCCGGGCACCCCUGUAGCUACGGUAACCGCCACGGACCCUGACGAAGACUCCCGAUUGCACUACGAGCUCACCAACGGAAAUACACGAACACGAUUCGCCAUUACCUCCCAGAAUGGUAGAGGGUUGAUUACUGUAGCACAGCCAUUGGAUUACAAGCAAGAGAAACGUUAUAUUUUGACUGUCACAGCGACUGAUUCAGGUGGUAGAUCCGAUACAGCUACUGUGUAUGUUAAUAUCACAGACGCCAACAAUUUCGCCCCUGUUUUUGAGAACGCACCUUACACAGCCAGUGUUUUUGAAGAUGCCAUAGUCGGUACGACCGUAUUAGUUGUAUCAGCAAAUGAUAAUGAUGUUGGUUUAAACGCGCACAUCACCUACUCACUUGGGGAAGAUUCCGGACAACCAGGACAUACACCGGAAUUCACAAUAAACCCUCAAACAGGAGCGAUUGUAACCACAAAACCACUAGAUAGGGAAACAGCAAGUGGUUUUCUAUUAACUGUAACAGCUCGCGACGGUGGUAAUCCUCCCCUCUCAGAUACCACAGAUGUUGAAAUCACCGUUACAGACGUUAAUGAUAACUACCCAGUUUUUAAACAACCCUCCUACUCCGGGAGCGUUCUAGAAGACGCUUUAGUCGGUACCUCAGUUGUACAAGUAUCUGCCACAGAUGCCGAUGUUGGUCUAAAUGGGAGAAUCCGUUACACUCUUAGCGAGAAAGAUCAGGAAGACGGUUCCUUUGUAAUCGACCCUACUAGUGGUGUUAUAAGAACCAACAAAGGUCUGGACAGAGAGUCAGUAGCCAUAUACGAACUAGAAGCAUAUGCUAUUGAUAGAGGUUCACCAACGUUAAGCUCAUCAGUACCAGUGGCAAUAAGAAUCGAAGAUAUCAACGAUUCACCCCCUGCCUUUGAUUCCGACAAAAUCGUACUUUACAUAGCUGAAAACAGCCCUAUUGGUUCCACAGUGGGUGAAAUCUUCGCUAAGGAUCCAGAUGAAGGCGUAAACGCCAUAGUGCAAUACUCCAUUAUUGGCGGUGAAGAUUCUCAAAGCUUCUCGUUAAUCACACGUCCAGGUUCUGAUAAGGCCGAACUCCUAACAAUGACUGAAUUGGAUUACGAGAGUUCAAAGAAAAAAUACGAUCUCAUAGUGCGCGCGGCAAGUCCACCGUUACGUAGCGACGCUCAUGUGGAAAUCAUCGUUACAGAUGUAAACGAUAACGCCCCUGUUCUAAAAGACUUUAACGUAUUGUUUAACAACUUUAAAGACUGCUUUCCAACAGGGCCUGUAGGAAAAAUACCUGCAUUCGACGCUGAUGUAUCGGAUCGACUGCACUACAAGAUAUUGUCCGGUAAUAAUGCUAACUUAGUGGCUUUGAACGAAAGUACUGGACAAUUACAAUUGUCACCACAACUGAACACGAACGUACCAAAAAUGGCCUCAAUGGAAGUAUCAGUUACUGAUGGCAUCAACGAAGUUAAAGCCAUAAUGCAGCUAGCUGUAAGAUUAAUAACAGAAGAAAUGCUCUUAAACUCUAUAACAGUACGGUUAAAUCAAAUGACCAAAGAAGCGUUUUUAUCACCUUUACUAGGCUUCUUUGUGGAUGGUUUAGCCGCCAUAAUACCUUGCCCAAAAGAGAAUAUAUUUAUAUUCAGUAUACAAGACGAUACGGAUGUUAAUUCUAAGAUAUUAAACGUUAGUUUUUCUGUGAGACGUCCUGACGUACCUAAGGAAGAGUUCUAUACGCCACAAUUUUUACAGGAGAAAGUCUAUUUGAACAAAGCUAUACUGGCUAGAUUAUCUACAGUACAAAUACUACCAUUUGAUGAUAAUCUAUGCGUACGUGAACCUUGUCUGAACUAUGAAGAGUGCCUAACAAUCCUGAAAUUCGGAAACGCUUCUGGAUUUAUAAACAGCGAUACAGUCUUAUUCAGACCAAUUUAUCCUGUAACCUCUUUCACUUGCCAAUGCCCGAAGGGCUUUACAGGCUCUAAGGAGCAUUACUUAUGCGAUACCGAAGUAAAUCUAUGCUACUCCUCGCCAUGUAAAAACAACGGAACCUGUAAAGUAAGAGAAGGCGGCUACACCUGCGUAUGCAAUGAGGGUUUCGCGGGAGAAAACUGCGAGAUUAGGCUCGAAAAGGACGUUUGUAAACCGUCAGACUGCCGCGUGGAUAAAACAUGCAAUCCAAAACAAGGUCCAACUAGCUUUAUAUGCGAGGAGUGCAAUCUGGCUGCGGAAACUGAGCACUACACUUCAAUUUGUCAACUGAAGAGCCGCAGUUUCACGAAAACGUCCUUCCUCACGUUCCCCAGUUUAAAACAGAGACACCGGAUGAAUAUCAAAAUGAAAUUUGCAACGCAAUCCCAAGACGGCUUGUUACUGUACAAUGGAAGGUAUAACGAGCAGCACGAUUUCAUAGCUUUGGAGAUUGUUAGGGGGUCGGUUCAGUUUUCCUUUUCGUUAGGCAGCAAGGUAACGGCAGCCUCAGCUUCAGUUCCUGGAGGCGUUUCGGAUGGAAAAUGGCAUUCUGUUACUGUUAGCUACUUCAAUAAGACUGUAACAAUAUCAUUAGAUGACUGUGACACAGCCUUGGCUCUUAAACAUGGGUCAGAUUUAGGAGGAAAAUGGCAAUGCGCUGGAUACGCAGAACAUAACCUGGAAUCCCGCUGCGCCUCCUUGACCGAAACAUGUCACAGAUUCCUAGAUUUAACUGGUCCACUACAAUUGGGAGGUUUACCGGGCUUGUCAGCUCAUUUCCAAAUCAAAAAUCACAACUAUGUUGGGUGUAUAUCACAGUUGGAAAUCGAUUAUAAAUUUGUGGAUUUGAAUAGUUUUGUGACUGAUAAUGGUACUACAGCUGGGUGUCCAGAGAAGAGAGCUUUCUGUGAUACUACGCCGUGUAAAAAUGGUGGACAGUGCACUGAGGGUUGGGCCAUGUUUAAGUGUAUUUGUCCUGAAGGAUAUGGCGGAAGAGAUUGUAGUGAAAAAAUCAGCAGACCAUGGCACUUUUCUGGAGAUGGUACACUUUCAUUUAACCCUCUUCUAAGACCAAUACAAUUACCUUGGUUAAACGCUAUAUCAGUUAGAACAUUGCAGAAAGAUACCUUCCUCAUGUCGAUACAAGUUGGUCAAAACAGUUCUGCUGUUGUAUCUCUUAACAACGGCUAUCUUUUCUAUACAUACAACGGCGACUCUCUAUCAUUACCAUCAAAAAUUCUAUCUGACGGAGAAUGGCAUCAACUGGAAGUAACCUGGAUAGGCACAGAAAUUAAACUAUCCAUAGACUAUGGAGAAUACACGAAAACCUUACCAUUCGUAGAAAAAAUACAAGGUUUAUACGUAGGUAAAAUCCUAAUCGGAGGUCCUGAUAACACCUACUCAAGCCUUAAUGCUGGCUACAACUACUUGGAAGGUUGUAUACAGGAUGUACGCAUUGGUAAUCAUCAGACUAAUCUUAACAGACCCACUGUAAAAGAAAAUGUUGAGGAUGGAUGUUUUUCACCUACAGAAUGUCAAACGGAUUGCCCUGCUUCCUCUCAGUGCAUAACAGAGUGGGGUAAAUCCCAUUGUGAAUGUAAAGAGGGGCAUGUAGGGCCUCUGUGCAUACCUGUUUGUACUGUAUCUCCGUGCGAACAUGGCGGAAAAUGUUUAGAAGACACCACAAUAGAUAGAGGUUAUAAAUGUUCUUGCAACUCAUCAGACUAUUCAGGUGAAUAUUGUGAAAGCGAGAUGGCACAACCUUGUCCAGCUAGUUGGUGGGGUUAUCCUGUUUGUGGACCUUGUCAUUGCGACGUAGAGGCAGGAUAUAACCCUGAUUGUAACAAGGACAACGGUAAAUGUCACUGCAGAGAGAAUCACUAUCAACCCUCAAGAACCACAAAAUGUAUACCAUGUGAUUGCUAUCACAUAGGGUCAUACAGCACUCAGUGCGACCACGAGACUGGUCAGUGUAGAUGUCGUGACGGUGUCAUAGGUCAAAAAUGUGAUUCUUGUCCUAAUAACCUCGCUGAAGUAACAUUAAAAGGUUGUGAGGUUAUCUACGAUGGAUGCCCCAGAUCCUCAUCGUACAAUAUAUGGUGGCCUAGAACAACAUUUGGACAGGAAGCCAUUGAGAGUUGUCCAAAAGGAUCCUAUGGUAAGGCUUCCCGAAAUUGUGACAACGAAUUGGGAGGCUGGCAAGAGCCCGACAUGUUUAACUGCACCUCUCAAAGAUUUGUUGAAUUGAGAGAACAACUUUCCAAUAUAGAGAAAGGAGAAUUGCAGUUAAAUACCUUUGUGGCUAUCAAGUUAGCCCACGAUUUAAACCGAGCAACGAAUCUAACAAGGAAUUUAUACGGCGCCGAUGUUUUAGUAACCUAUGAUUUGAUAAAGGAAUUGUUGAACUAUGAAUUCAAAAUGCAUGGUUUAAAUUUAACACACAGUCAAGAUAAGGACUAUAUUUAUAAUAUUGUACAUUCGAGCAACGUUGUUUUAACAGAGGAAUAUUCUGAGCACUGGAAAAAAAUCAAAAAACUAACAGGGGAGUCCACAGAACAACUUAUUGAGUUUAUGGAGAAGUAUAUUAAUGUGUUAUCUAUGAGUCAACAUGAUACAUACACAAACCCCUUUGAAAUUGUCACUACAAAUAUGGUUCUAGGAUUAGAUGUCGUUACUCCGGAAUCCCUAUACGGCUACGAGCCUGAAGUAGGCCCUCAACUCAACAAUGGAGACUACACCACAGAAAAAGUAAUCCUCCCCGAUACAUCAAACUACCUCCAAGAUAAUCAAAUACCAUACUCACAUGGUCCGUUGGUCGCCUUUCCAAAGUAUAACAAUUACUUGUUAGACAAAUCAAAAUUUGACCAAACAACCAAAAUAUUAGUACCUUUAAGUUUACUAGGCAUCAAUCCCAUAGAGUCUGGCGAGCUUAUAACAAAACAUUCGUUACCUGAAGAUGGCGCUGUGGUUAGUUACGCGCAAUAUAAGCAAGCUGGGACCUUACUCCCAAAAUCGUAUGACGAGUCUAUUCUGCGUAGGUGGGGGGUGGAUAUAACAAUCGGUUCGCCACUUGUAUCCGUUAGUAUAUUGGUGCCAGAAUAUAUUGAAGCUGUGGGAAAAUCCAGUCCUCCAGUAAUUUUUGAGGAUGUACAACUGUCUGACAAAGAGAAAGAAAUGUGGAGCAAAAAGGUUUUCACUGAACCAAACGGUAAAUACCAUGAGAAUGACGCUAGAUACUUACACACUGAUAUGAGCAGAGUCAGAAGGGAUAAAAGUCUAACUAAAAAACUAUUGUAUAGAAGCCUAUCAGGCAUACCUUUGGCUUUGCCUGUACGAUUACAAAUAUGGCUAGACUCAAAUCAAACUGUUUUCAACGAAAGAUCAAACCCCCAGUGUGUACAUUGGUCUACCGCCAAAGGUUAUGGUGAAUGGUCAAGAGUUGGAUGCAGGACAGAGUUAACGGAUAACUGGUUUGAUAAAGAUUUCGAUGAACCUUUAAUAGUAAAUUGUACUUGCAACCACUUGACAACAUUCGCUGUAUUAGUUGAUGUUGUGGAUCUAGAGUAUAUUCCUGAACCGUCACUACUAGAAGAUAUUUCAAGCUAUGCAUGUUUCUCUCUAUCACUGCCACUACUACUAUCAACAUAUCUUAUAUUAGCACUUAUAAGAGGCCUACAAACAAACUCUAACACAAUCAGAAAAAAUCUGGUCCUGUGUGUCUUCCUUGCGGAACUCCUUUACUUCGUAGCCCUUAAAGCCAGAAGACCUAUGGUGGCCAACGAGUUCUCCUGUAAGCUAGUAGCAAUAGGUCUACAUUAUUUAUGGUUGGGAUCAUUUUCGUGGAUGCUAGUUGAUGCCAUACAUUUAUACAGAAUGUUGACUGAGAUGAGGGAUAUAAACCACGGCCCUAUGAGGGUAUAUUAUACCAUGGGGUAUGUCGUACCAGCUAUAGUAGUCAGUCUCUCGGUUGGUGUGAGAGCACACCAGUAUGGAAACUAUUACUUCUGUUGGGUAUCUUUGUACGAAAGCGUAAUAUGGAGUUUAGUAGGACCAAUAUGUCUGCUUAUCGUCAUAAAUUUCUUCGUAUUGGUAGUGUCGAUAAGAGCCGCGUUUACUCUCCAAGAUCACGUUCUUGGCUUCGGCAACUUACGAACCUUACUAUGGGUGUCUGUAGUUGCUUUACCUUUGAUGGGCACCACAUGGGUUCUGGCUAUAUUAGCGGCCUCUGAGAAACAUCCAUUGUUAACACCGUUUUUGUCAGCCGCUGUUUUGGUACACGCUGCCUUUUCAUUGGCUGGUUACUGUUUCGCUAAUCAGAGAGUCCGGCAAAAUCUCCUAAGGUCUAUAAUGAGAUGUAUGGGGAAAAAGGUACCACUUUUGGAGACAACGUCAGUUGUGGGUGUGCCAAGCACUAGCAGCCAGAACCUUAACGCCCAAUCAAGGUCGGCACUAGCCUACCAUUCAAGCAUGGACCCAACACGAAGAAAUAUCGGCAUUUCAGCUUCAAGCACAACAAGCCGUUCAACCACAAAAACCAGCUCGAGCCCUUACAGAAGCGAUACACAUUUACGCCACACGUCCACUUCCACCUCAAACUACAAUUCAACUAGCGAUGUGCCAUCUUACAUGCGCGGUUACGAGCAAGAAGGGUUGCAUAGACACCGAGAACCGCACCCUGAAGAAGGUGAAAGGAGGGAAAGACGUGGUGACAGUGAUUCGGAUAGCGAUGGCUCUGAAGGUAGAAGUUUGGAUCUUGCUUCCAGUCACUCUAGUGAUGAUGAUGAAAGUAGUACCAGAAGACACAGGCACAGAAACAACGGCGCCAGCAGACAAGGAUAUCUUCCAAACAUAACAGAGCACGUUGUUUCCCGUUGUGGCACUCCACCUUCUCUGAACGUUGUAACAAAUUCUCAACUCUUCCCGGCUGUUCCGCCAUCAUAUGGAUCCAGAUGGUCCAGUCAGCUUCCAGAAUCCUAUCUACCAAAUCCAAGCGUUCCAGAGAUUGGUCGUUGGUCUCAAGAAACGGGUUCCGAUAAUGAGUUCUGUCACAAAACAGCGUCCCCGAAUCCGCUUCCAAAUCCUGAUGUCACUCCGGAAACUUGUAUACCGGGAAUGCAAUCGGAGCAGUACAUGGUCAGGACUCACUAUGAUAACCGAUACAAUCCAAGUAAUGCCAUGUUCAAAGGCGAAUAUAUGCCGAAAAUGAUGCCGCAUGAGAAUAUGAACUAUCAGGAGUACGCGGAGAGGUGUUCUGAUAUCGAGGACAAGCACCAUAUGAAUGAUAAAUAUCUGUUUCCUUAUACAGAUAACCUAAUCACAGCUGAAGAAGACCACAUCCCGAUACACAACAACUACCAUGCCUCAAUGCAUCCACCCCACCCAUCGAGCCGCAUGAUGUCGCCCAUCACAAACGACAUAAACAACCCGGGCAUGGACUACCACGGCUCCACGAUGGGCUCGCGCAUGGGCUCGGUGCUGGGCAGUAUGCACGGCUCGCAUUGCGGCAGCAUGCGGGGUUCGCCAUCUCCGCUCAUGCCCCCUGUCAGCAUGAUACAUUCUGGACAGCCACCCGAGGCUCCUCACUGGUUAUGGGAAUAUGGAAUUAACAACUAAAAAUUUCUAUGGAUUAUUAUGGAUUGAUGAGAAAAACGAAGAAACAUCAGUGUGAUGAAUAUAUUUUUUACUAAAUGUACAAAUGACAUAUUUAAUAGUUUUUAAUUAGACUCACUCUACCAAAAUACACCUGCUAUAAAUAAUAAGUUGUAUAAGCUUUAAAACUAUCAGUGUAUAGAGAAUAAUGAAAUUAAAAUUAGGGAAACCAAAAGAUUUAAAAUAUAAAUUAAGUUAUUUUUUAGAACCACUUUUCACAACAAAAUAAUAUCGCUCUUUAAUAAGACUGUUUGAAACAAUCUGAAAUUCCGAAUUUAAGAAUGCACUAUGAUGAUUUUAAACUAUUUAAGUCUGGAGAAAAUUCUUUUCAUUCACUUGAUAUUAUUGUACAUAUAAAAAGUAAGAUUAGUAUUAGUAGUUUAUAGAGAACCAUAAUUUUAUUGCUCACUUCUUUUUAUGUUGUAUUUUAAUAGACAAUAGUAAUUUUUGUCCGGUGAAUAUGGAAAUGCUGAAUAAUAAAUAUAAUCUAUAAUUUAACAUGUCAAGCAGAUCCCAUAUGUUAAAUUUAACUAACUUUUUGGCGUGAAUAGAAAAUUUAAGAUAUGUGCCUUUUUUAAUUAAUCAAUUUCAAAAUUUAAUAAUUAGGUUUUAAAAUGUUAUCAACCCAAUAUCAACAGCCAUUUUUGGGUGCCAUAUUUUCAUUAAUAAUAUUAUUUAGUAUCCAGCAUUUUAUAUCAUCAAAAAAGUGUAAUUAUUAUUAAAAUAUAUUUAUUAAACUCAAAAUAGUACAGUUAUUAUAAAAAAAUAUUGUAUAAAACUAGUUAGCGAAUUGAUUUUAAUUUUGUAAACUUAAAUGUGAUAUUUUAAAUUCAGACUUUGUUCAGUAAUAAGCAAUUUUUAAUAAUUGUACAGAUACAUUUUUUGGCUAGUUAAAAAAAAUCAAAACCUCUAAAUUAAUAAAUUAUUUAUUUCAAUGAACUGCCACAAUUUGUAUGUAUAUUAAUUGUAUUUAAUUAAUUAAUUAAAUGUAGUAUUUAAACUAGUUCUUUGUAGAUUAUUUAGCCAUCAGAGGAGAAGACUUAAGUAAGCCAUGAUAUUUUUGCUAGUUUUAAAACUCUUAAAAAUCCUGUGCCUAAAAAUGCUUUUUAUGUUAUUAUUUUUUGUAUAAAAAACAUGUCUAUUGAUUGUGUGUAAGAUUAUUUUGUAAGAUCUCAAUUUAAUGUUUAAGUAUACAUACCUAGGUAAUUUUUGUACUCCAUUAUAUCAGUUUAUCGGUUGUAUUUAUAAUAUUCAUUCCAUUGUAUUGUUUCCUUUGUUCGUGCAAUUCUUUACAUUCCUUUUUUAUACUCAAAUAUUG